GCGUGACGUCAGAGAAGGACGCCACACUUGAAGAAGGGGCGGGAGGCAGCGGCCUGGUCAUUGUCAUGGAGUUAGCGCAGCAAGCGCGGGAACUGGGUUGCUGGGAGGCGGAAGAGAUGGAGGUGCCCGUGGCGGCCCGGGUCCCGGAGUCGACGCUGCGCAGGCUGUGUCUGGGCCAGGGGGCCGACAUCUGGGCCUACGUUUUGCGGCACGUGCACAGCCAGAGGAACGUCAGGAAGAUCCGGGGAAACCUGCUCUGGUAUGGCCACCAGGACAGUCCAGAGGCCCGCCGGAAGCUGGAGUUGGAAGCUGCUGUUGCCCGCCUGCGGGCAGAGUUCCUGGAGUUAGACCAGAGCCUGGAGCUGAUGGAGCAAGAGACUGAGGCUCAGGAUAUAGCCAUGGAGCAGAACCUACAGAGCGUGCAAGACACCCAGCGCCGUGCUCUCCUCCUCCGGGCUCAAGCUGGGGCCAUGCGGAGACAGCAGCGUGGGCUCCAGGAUCCCAUGCAGCGACUGCAGAAUCAGCUCAAGCGCUUGCAGGACAUAGAAAGGAAGGCCAAAGUGGAUAUAAACUUUGGACCCUUGGUAUCAGCAGCCCUGGGCCUGGAGCCUGCGGUCCUGCACGAUGUCCGAACAGCCUGCAGCCUCCGGACCCAGUUCCUGCAGAGCCUCCUGAGUCUUCAGGCCCAGGGAGGCAGUGUUCCAACCCUGCAAGAUAACCACUUUGGAACUUCCUACCAGCAGUGGCUUAGCUCAAUGGAGAGCCUACUGACAAACCACCCACCAGGCCACGUCCUGGCUGCCUUGCAGCAUCUGGCUGCAGAACGAGAGGCAGAGAUCCAGUCCCUGUGCAGUGUGGAUGGGCUCCAGGAUACGGAGAGAACCAGGUCCCAGGCACCAGACCAGUCAAACUCCAGCCAGACCCUGCCAUCCAUGGUGCAUCUCAUCCAGGAGGGCUGGCGGUCUGUGGGUGAGCUGGUCACCCAGCGGGACCCCCUCCUGAAGGAGCAUCAAGUCCUGACCCUGCGCCUCCAGGGCCUGAUGGAGAAGGCGGAUAGAUGUAUCCUGGGAUCCAGCGAGAGGCAGACUUUGGUGCUGGGGCUCCGGGUCUGUGCCCUCUGGGCCGAACUCAAGGCCCUUCAUGCCCUGAGCCAGGAACUGGAGGAGGCCACUGGGCGUCGGCAGAUUCUGCUCCAGGAGCUACAGGCCAAACAGCAACGGAUCCUGCGCUGGCGCCAGCUAGUGGAGGAGACACAGGAGCAGAUCCGCCUGCUCAUCAAGGGCAACUCAGCCAUCAAGACACGCCUGUGCCGGAGCCCCGGGGAGGUGCUAGCUUUGGUUCAGCGAAAAGUGGUCCCCAUGUCUGAGGCAGUGGCUCCACAGAGCCAGGAGCUGGUGCGGUGUCUGGAGCAGGAAGCCCAGCACCUGCCCCAUCUUCCUCUGGGCCCCUUGCUGCAGCACGGCCCUGGAGGAUUGCAGCCCCUCCCUACGGUCCUGCCAUCCAUCCACCAGCUGCAUCCUGCAUCCCCAAGGGGCUCCAGCCUCAUAGCGCUGAGCCACACGCUGGGGCUGCCUGCAGGGAAGGCUCCGGAGCUGCUCCUCCCAAAGGCUGCCUCUCUUCGGCAGGACCUUCUGUUCCUCCAGGACCAACAAAGUCUCCGACGCUGGUAUCUGCUCCACAUGAAGACCAGCCUGCCGCCAGGACCAUCCACCCAGGAGCUGCUGCAGAUCCAGGAAUCCCAGGAAAAGGAGCAGAAGGAGAGCCUGGGACAGGCUCUGAAGCGGCUGGAGAACCUGCUGAAACAAGCGCUGAAGCGCGUCCCUGAGCUCCAGGGAGUUGUGGGAGACUGGUGGGAGCAGCCAGGACAAGCUGCCCUCUCCAUGGAGCUCUGCCAAGGCCUGUCGCUGGCCCAGUGGCGGCUGCGCUGGGUCCAGGCCCAAGGUGCCCUGCGGCAGUUGUGCAGAUGACGAAGUAGCUCAAAAAAAAGUCAAGAGCUUCGCACCUGUUCAUCCCAACACAUCACUUCCCUUAAGACCUCUGGAAAAAAGCACUGCCUGGACACAUCAGCCCAUGGUCUCUACCACACCUGCCGCCCACAUCCCCGGCUGUUCUCGGUUCUCUCAGUUGCCUUGCCCCGUCCUGUCAUUGCACUAAAGCCAAGAUGAACACGAUACUAUGGGCCCCACCCUAGCUGAAACUCUCAUCACUUUUACCCUCAGUAAGAAGUAAUCAAGUGCCUGCUGCAAACACUGAGGAUCCAGCACUGAAAAAAAUGGACAGAAGUCCCAGCCUUCAGGGAGUUGUCAUUGUAGGACAGGAGAACAGACCACUGACAAAAUAAGUAAGCAAAAUAUCUAGUACAUGGAAGAACCGCUAUGAGAAAAAGCGAUUGCAGAGGUGCAGUGCUACAUAGAGGGCUAACAGCAAGGUGACCCUGUGUAAAGGCAGUGGGAGGGAAGCACCCAGGGAUGUGGGGAGGGCCUGCAGAGGGGAGACUGCAGCGAGUGCAGAGGCCCUAGUUCACAGGUGUUGGUGUGAGGGCCGAGGAGGCAGUGGCGCUGUUGGAAGAAGGGAAGGUUUGAGAGAUGGGGUUGUCUUUGAGUUUCUAUACAGUUUUGUUUUUUUUUUUACAUUUAAAUCUUUGAGCCAUUUGGAAUUGAUCCAAAUGGAUUCCAUUCUGUCUUAUUUUAAGCACUUACUAAAAUUCUCAUUCAGAGCAGUGGUCACCUCUAAGGGAGGGUUGGGUGGCAAGGAGGAGACAAACUUUCUAGAGUUAAAAAUAUAUUGUGUGUUGAAGGUGGCGAGGGUUACACAGGUGUAUGGAUUUGUCAGAACUAGUCUGGCUAUACUCCUUAGGUCUGUGUAUUUCACUGUGAACUAUCUUCAAUUUGUAAAGUAAAAUUUUACCCACCUAAACUUUAUAAAGUAGACUUAGAUAUUUUUCAUACACUAAAUUUCCAACCCUAAUUGGGUUAUAUCUGGGUUGUAUUGGUUAUAUCUGGCUGUAUCCAAGACCAUCUGUCUGACUCUUGAGUGCCAUCUCCACAGUGUUUUAAUUUUAGAGGCUGUGUAAUAUGUCUUAACUGCAAUGACUGGUUGCCAUCUUGCUCUUACUUGUCAGUGUUUCCCUGUCUCUACUUGCUGUCUUUUUCUUUUAAAUGAAAUUAACUUUACACCAAAUUUGGCUGGUUCCGGAAGAAAUACAUAGAUGGGAGUUUUACUGGGGUUGCAGUUAGUCUACCAAUUAGAUAUAUUUGACGUCUUUGAGAUUUUAAACCUGACUUUCCACCUCCCUUCCCAUAGCUCCUCUCUUGACCUCCAGAGCACCCUCACUCCCAAUGCCCCUCCUGUCCCUAGCUGCUCUUUCUCAGUCUUCACACAUUUGCUUUCCCACUUUAGUGUUCCCCCUCCUUUGUCUUCUCUUCGUCUCACUUGCCAGUCACCUCCCUACAGAACAAGGUGAUCCUUACCCUGUCCUUGCUUAAUUUUUUUCUGUAACAUAGCUUCUAAUGUAUACAAUUUUAGUUUAUCUUUUAUUGUCCUCCUCAAACAAAAUGUGACCUCCAUGAAGGCUAAUUCUUCUGUAAACUAGAAGCUGGACAAACUUUCUUCAAUAUGAUUUGAAAUCCAUAUGCAAUAAGGGGAAAUAAUACUGACAAAAACAGAAAACAAAUUUUUACAUGAUUUAAAAAAGGCCAAGUUAACAAGAAAUGACUAAUUAGGGGGAAAUGUUUGCAGUUUAUACUAUAAAAGGAUGUGUGUGUGUAUGUGUGUGUAGUGUCAAAAUGGAAAAGAAAAAUUCCAAGUCCAUAGAAAAAUGGACAAAACAUAUGAAUGGAUAGUUCUUAGAAAAUAUGCUCAAACUCAAUAAGAGAAAAGCUAAUGAAAACCCCACUUUGAUACAUUUCCCACCUAUCAGACAGGGGAAAGGAAACCUGUGAUUUUGGCAGCUCCCUCUGUCGACAAGGCAGAAGGAAACAGCAUUCUGAUGUAUCAGUGGGUGUGCCAUAUGAAACACCUGUGAGAUAAUCUCCAGCAAAACUAUAUGAGGACAUACUCUUUGCCAAAACAAUGCUACCUGUAGAAAUCUAUCCCAGAGACGAACUGGGUAAAACAUAAGUUGUGGGACUUUGUACAAAACUACUAGAUCACAUCUUCAGAAAGUCAGGAGGGGUACAGAGGGGACUGUUUUGGAUUAAAGGAGACAUGACAGCCAAAUGUAAUGCAAGAUAUUGAUUGAAUCACAGGCUGUUGUGACUUUUGUGUUUGGGUUUGAAAGUACACUUUUAAAUCAGUAGGGGAAAUUUUCAUAUGAGAAAUGGAAAAUUGGCAUAUUGGAAAAUGUAUCUUUAUUACAUUUCUUUGUGAUAAUGGUAUUGUGCUUAGGUGAGAGAAUGUGUACGAAGUAUUAAGGAUGAUGUCUCCAACUUACUUUCAAGUAGUCUUAUUGUUCAUAAUACUGAUUUUUUUAUUUUGAUAAAAGUUUAAAAUUUUGAGACCCAACAUCAUAUAUUUUGAAAUUAUAUAUAUUAGACUAAAGCAUAUAA